AUGUCAAUGAUCAGGUGGUUCUUGCGACUUUUCUACUGGAUUAGAUUUGCGAAUCCGCAAUUUCUGGGAAGUGGUCUUUAUGGAGCAAUGGGUGCUUAUAAUGAUAAUGAUAUGUGUAGAUACAUUUCUUGUCCAUUCGGCCAAUAUUGUUGGAAUGGUAACUGUUUAUCGAGUGGUACUACAUCAAUGAUGGGAUCCAGAGCACUGGGUUACGGUGGCGCUGGAAUGAUGCCUGGAGGUCUUGGUGCAUUAACAUCCGCCGCUGCUCUAUAUGGCGGAGGAGCUGGCGUCGGUUUUCCUGGUGCUGGUUUUGGAGCAGCUAGUAGGGGUAUCGCUGUGGGAGCAAAUGUGCCAACUGGAGUGACCCCAUAUGGUGCAAAUGUCCCAUUAGCCGCUGGUCCACUACCAUCAAGUGUUGGGGGUAUGCAACCGUGCUCCCUCGUACAACAAUGUUUUAAUGGACAAAUAUGUGUAAAUGGAUACUGUAGUAGGAGUAAUGUCGCAUUUCAAGGAAGUCAAGUGAUGCCAACGGAAACUACCUGCAUGACCGGUGCCACGUGUCCAGUUGGUCAGUAUUGUAUUGGUGGAGUGUGUGUUCAGAAUCCAAUGUCCACAACGUUUGCAUGCCACAAUGGAAUUUCGUGUCCGAUGGGGAUGAUUUGUCAAUUGGGAAGGUGUCUUCCGAAUGGGAUGCCAAUGAGUAUGAUGAUGAUGAAUCAGUUUUAUGGAUGA